AUGGACGACGACCACGCGCCAACAGACGACGACGACGACGACGACGACGAACGACAACGGCCAUGCGUCGACGGACGACAACGGACGACAACGACGAACGACACGUCGACGAACGACGACGACGAGGGACGACGACAACACGUCAACGGACGACACCGACGACGACGACGGCCACGCGUCGACGGACGACGACACGUCGACGGACGGACGACGACGACGACGAACGACACGUCGACGAACGACGACGACGAUGGACGACGUUGGCGACACGUCAACGGACGACACGACACGUCAGCGGACGACGAGGACGACGACGGCCACGCGUCAAUGGAUGACGACGACGACACGUCAACAGACGACGACGGCCACACGUCGACGGACGCCAACGACGACGACGACGUCAACCGUUGA